AUGGACAAUAGCCAGAACAGCAGACCGGCGUCCCAGCUCAUCGCGGGAUUCGCUUCACCCUCAACGCCUUCCGGAGUGCGAAACAGUAUGCGACACUCGAGUAAUAUGCGACACUCGUCCCGUUUGAUGCAAUCCCAAAUGCAGUCCCACCAGCCCGUUCAUGACACCGAGAAAGAAGAGCUACGCGUACAGUUGAGUGCUUUGAAGUACGAGCUCGAGAAUAUCAAACAGGAUCGAGAGCUGGAAGCGCUUCGACAUGAAAAAGAGCUCCGCGAUUUACAACUGAAAGCGGAUGCGGAUUUUAGAAAGGCCCAGACCGCCGAAUCUACGAGUAACCGAGCUGUUCACAAGAGUGAUAUCCUAGCGAAAGAACUGAAAGAUGCCCAGGACCAAGCUCUGCAUGAUAAACUUGGAUUUGAACGCAAAAUCAGAGGUCUUCAAGACGAGAACCAAAACUUGCAAGACGAGUUCAACGACAAUCAAGCAAAACUUUCCGACCAGGAACGGCAGUUCAAAUACCAGAUCAACGAACUGGAAACGGUCCGAGCAUCUUUGCAAAAAACCAUCGAAGAAUUCCAGACCGAUCUACAGAAUGCCAGGACAGCGCAGGAGUCGACACAGGUGAAGCUGACCCAGUGUGAAGCCGAGGUCGCCGAACUUGAAGCGGAAAACAUUCGACUAAAGGCCGAAGGGAAUGACGCCGAGGCUCUGACGGUGUUGAAGAGGGAACUCUCCGAACAAGUGAACCAUAUUAAAGAGUUAGAAACCGCCAACCGUGAUCAAACAUCAGAGUUACGCCAGCUUCGCAAAAUCUCCAAGAAUGUCGAGGUCGUUGAAGAGCAAAAAAAGUCUGUGGAAAACCAGCUUCAGUUGAUGAAGGGCGUCGAGGCGGAACUCAGCACAGUUCAAAUUCAAAAGCAAGUUUUGGAAGAUGAGCGUGCAUCAUGGGCCACUUUGUUGCAAGAAAACGAUCAGCCCGUAGAGUUUGACUCGCCAGAUGCUAUUGUCCGAGCCCUGGUUCAGUGCCGCAUCGAGAUUGCUACACUGCUUGAUCGCCUUGGAACAGUUGACGCCAAUAUUCUGGAGAAGGAUGAAGCAAUCAAGAGCGCUGAGAACGAUAAACUCGCCUUGCGACAGGAACUGGAAAAGUGUCGUGCUGCGAGUGCUGCAUCCGCCGGAGGACCGGGGGCUGCCGAUGCUCGACUUCGAGCUCGACUCGAGCGCCAACGUGCACUCGCCGUAAAGGAAGUCGAAUACCUGCGUGACCAGUUGAAGACUUUCGACGCGGAAGAGAUCACCAUGAACGGUGACAAUAUGCAGUUUGAUGAGCAGAAAUCACUGCAAAUUACCCAGCUCGAACAAUUAGUUGACGAGUACCGCGGCGAGCUCCAUAAGAUUCACGAAGAGCUCUCCAAGAAGGAAGCACAGAAGCCAGAAGAAACGAAACCGCAGGGCGUCAAGCGACCUUUGUCGCCAGCUGACAGUGAAGCUGAAAGCGAGCGCCUCGCCGUCCUCAGUCGCAAAAACCGCAAGCUCCAAGAUAGCAUUACCAAACAUGAGCAGGCUGCCACACUGGCUCGCCGGGAGCUCGAUGCUGCCAAGUCUCAGAUCAAGUCACUUAAGUCGAAGUCACGGACCCGCGUUCUUGAACUGCGAGAUAACCCGACCGCCCAGGCCGAGCAAAUCAAAAUGACAACUCUAAAAACCCUCCAGUCUGAGAACCGGGAUCUCCUAGCGCAACUUCGUGGCGAGCGCGUCAAUGCCAAGGUUAUCCCCGUCAGUGCAAUUGACAGCAUCAAGCUCGAAAUGCAAGAAAUGGAACGCACCGUGGCAGAUAAGGAGAAGCGGAUGCGGCGACUCAAGGAAAUCUGGACAGCGAAGUCCUCUGAAUUCCGUGAAGCCGUCGCUUCCCUCCUCGGCUUCAAGCUUGAUUUCCUUCCCAACGGCCGAGUCCGUGUGACUUCUAUGUUCCACCUUUCCUCUGCAUAUAGGCAUGGCGACAGCGAUGCUCCGUCGGACUCUGGCCCUGGCAGCAUGGGCAAUGGCGAAGAGAACUCCAUCGUCUUCGAUGGUGAGAAUGGUACGAUGAAGAUCUCGGGUGGUCCAAACAGCUUGUUUGCCAUGGAAAUAAAACCCCUUAUCAAGUUUUGGGUUGAGGAAAGAAAGGACAUCCCUUGCUUCCUGGCGGCUAUGACUUUGGACUUCUACGACAAGACAACCCGCGCCGCCAGGAUAUGA